AUGGCGUCUACAACUGAGACUAUAGCCCCUUGGUCAAGGGAGACUUUGUCACGCGAAGCUGCUCAGUACCGAGACACCCCGGAGACAAGCACUGCAUCAGAAACCGAGGACGAUGCCCCACCUUUACACGCAGUCAACGUUGCGCUGAGAUGGAACGAGUCAAAAUCAACAAUCUGGAAAUUGACGGCAACAUGCUGGUGCGCAUUGGUGAUGGGGUCUAACGACGCCGCAUACGGAGCCAUCAUACCCUAUCUUGAGAUCUACUACCAAAAGAGCUAUACGAUUGUCUCGCUGAUUUUCCUUUCGCCAUUCGUUGGCUACACUCUAUCUGCCGUGUUGAGUAACUUGGUCCACCAAAACCUGGGCAGAAGAGGAAUCGCUAUCAUUGCACCUAUCUGCCAUUUGAUUGCCUUCGCAGUGAUAUCGGCCCACCCACCAUUUCCAGUACUGAUAGUGGUCUAUGUACUAGUUGGUCUUGGGAGCGGUUUCCAUAAUGCGGCCUGGAAUGUGUGGAUUGGAAACAUGGCGAACUCAAAUGAAGUGCUUGGAUUUUUCCAUGGGUUCUAUGGCAUCGGGGCCACCAUCAGUCCUCUGGUUGCUACAACGUUAAUCACCAAGGCUGGGUGGCCGUGGUAUUCUUACUACUAUAUCAUGACUGGAGGGGCCGCGUUGGCAUUGGUUUAUACCGCGGCUGCCUUCUGGGAUGAUACAGCUGCGAGAUACCACCAAGAAAACCCAAGCCCUCCAGGCCGUGGAGGAGCAUUAUAUCAAACUCAGAUUGCUCUUACUCACAAAGUGACCUGGAUAUGUGCCGUGUUCCUCUUCUUGUAUGGUGGCAUUGAAGUGGGAAUAGGUGGAUGGAUCGUUGUCUUCAUGACCAAUGUCCGACAUGGCGGUGCGUUCGAGUCUGGUAUGGCGGAAACCGGCUUUUGGCUAGGCAUCACCGUCGGUCGAUUUGUGCUAGGGUUUGUAUCACCGCGAAUUGGCGAAAAGCUAUCGGUCGCCGUAUACCUCUUGUGUGCCAUUGCCCUCGAGCUGAUAUUUUGGCUUGUGCCGGAGUUCAUGGUCUCUGCGGUGGCAGUCUCGCUUGUCGGAUUCUUCAUGGGAACCAUCUUCCCAGGCGUUGUCGUUGUUGCAACUCGGAUGUUACCGAAGAAUGUCCACGUUGCUGCGAUUGGGUUUGCGGCCGCUUUCUCUAUGGGCGGUGGUGCUGUGUUUCCUUUCAUGAUUGGAGCUAUUGCACAAGCCAAAGGAGUGUCGGUCUUACAGCCAAUAUUGCUUGCCAUGCUGGCUGUGGCUGUGGGAAUUUGGGGGACUUUAUUCUGGCUUCCACAGCUAGAGACGUCCCACCAAGUCUGA